UUUCUGUUUUUUUCUAUCAAAAAAUUUGACAUAGCACAUUUUUUUUGGUUUCUAUUAAACCAAAUAAUUUGUAAUUAUGAACGAUGAACAAAUUGUUUUAACAUUACCUCCUACUCAAGAUGCAGAAUCAAUAUGUUUUACUCAAUCACAAGAAUUAUUACAAGAAAAACCUGUGAUUGUAUGGGGUAGAUUAUGUCCAAGUAAAUUACCUUUUAGAACAAUGGAAAUGACCAAAGAUGUAUAUACACUUGGUCGCUCACAAAACUGUGAUAUUUGUAUAACUAAUAAUGAAUUAAAACCAAAGUGGCUUAGUGUAAUGAGUAAGAUACAUUUCAAGAUAACUAGAGAAUUUAUUGAUGAUAAUACCAAUGAUGCCAUAGUAUAUUUAGAAGACUUAAGCCAAAAUGGAACUUUUGUUAAUGGAAAAAAAGUAGGACGUGGGAAUAAAGUAAUUCUUGAAAGCAAUGACAAAAUAGCUUUAGCACAACCUAUAGUUAUUGUUUAUGUCUUCAUGAGUACAACAGCUUUUGAAAGUAAUAAUUUGCCACCUGAACUCAAAAAUAAAUAUACAGUAUCACGUAAAUUAGGAUCUGGAGCAUGUGGAGAGGUGAAAAUGAUAUUUAAUAAAGUUGGUUGUAAAAAAUUUGCCUUGAAAACUAUUAUGAAAUUAGGUGGUACAACAAAUGGACAAAAACAUCCAUUAAAUGAUCCUGAAAAAAUUAUGAAUGAAGUUAAAAUUUUGAAAGCUCUAAAACAUCCUUGUAUAAUUCGAAUGGAAGAAAUUGUGGAUACCCCAAAAGCAGUAUAUAUAGUUUUAGAAUUAAUGGAAGGGGGUGAACUUUUCGAAAGAAUAAAAAGUAGAGGAAGAUUAUCAGAAAAAUAUGCAAAAUUAAUCUUUUAUCAGGUUGUAUUAGCUGUUAGUUACCUUCAUGACUGUGGUAUAACUCAUAGAGAUUUAAAGCCAGAAAAUAUAUUAUUAGCUAGUAAUUCAGAUAUUACAUUAGCAAAAGUAUCAGAUUUUGGUUUAUCAAAAUUAGUUGAUGCUCAAACUAUGAUGAAAACAUUUUGUGGAACUCCUAUGUAUGUUGCACCUGAAAUAUUAUCUACUAUUGGACGAGGUUCUUAUACAAAUCAAGUUGAUGUGUGGAGUUUGGGAGUAAUAUUAUAUGCUUGUUUAAGUGGUUCAGUUCCUUUUAAUUGUCAAGAUAAAAAUAUUAGUUUACAAGAUCAAAUAAAAAAAGGACAAUAUAGCUUUCCUGCUUCAAAAUUUGGACAUAUAACAAGUAAAGCUAUAGAUUUGAUCAAACGAAUGAUGACAGUUAAUCCAAAGAAAAGGAUUACAAUCAAACAAGUUUUGUUACAUCCUUGGUUACAAGACCGUGAACUUCGAGAAAGUAUUGACAUGAUAUUAUCAAAAGAAAAUGAUGAAAAUAUACCACCUGAAAGUAUUACUUCUAAUAUUCAAUGUAAAAAUGAACAGUAUCACAAUUUGAUCAAAAGAGCAAGAUUAGAAAUAUAGUUAAUAAUAUAUAACUUAGGUAAUAUAUAAAUACUCUUUUAAAAUUGUUUAUUAAAUUUAUUUUCGUUAUAUGAAAAGGUUUGCAUUACAUACAUUUUGAUCUAAUAUUAUUUUGAAAAUCAUUGAAAUCUAUUUGUUACAAAUUAAAUAUUUAUAAUGUAAAUCGAUUAAUUAAAUAAUGUCCAUUAGAUUAAUCAGUCUAAGUUUAGACAUCAUAAAAGUUCAAUCUAAUUAU